CUCAGUCCAACGUGGUUUCUUCUGAGAGACUGCUUCACAUUUUCUACAUUUGUUUGUUUUAUGAGAAGGCGGCCAGAGUGAUGAACUCAGACCAGGAAAGGCCGUUCAUGUGCAACGCUCCUGGCUGUUCUCAGCGAUUCCCCACGGAGGACCAUCUGAUGAUACAUCGACACAAACAUGAGAUGACCCUUAAGUUCCCCUCCAUAAAGAAUGACAACAUGUUAUCAGACCAGACGCCCACACCAACACGAUUCUUGAAGAACUGUGAGGAGGUGGGAUUGUUCAGUGAACUGGACUGCUCCAUCGAGCAGGAGUUCUGCAAAGCCCAAGAAGAAGAGGACAGUAAACAGAACAUCUCACUGCAUGGCCAGGCAGGCCAAGGCCAGCACCAGCAUUCCCACUCACGGAUGGGCAACCACGAUACCAGCAUAGUGAUCCAGCAGGCCUUGCCCUCUCCUCAGUCCAGCUCCGUUAUCACUCAGGCUCCAUCCACCAACAGACAGAUAGGGCCUGUCCCCGGCUCUCUGUCCUCAUUGCUGCACCUACGAAACAGACAGAGACAGCCUCUGCCAGCCUCCAUGCCUGGAACUCUGCCAGACCCUACCAUGCCUGGCUCCUCUGCUGUGCUGAUGCCUAUGGAGAGACAAAUGUCCAUGGGUUCCAAUAUGAUGGGUAUGCAAGGACCCACCCACAGCAGCUCUUGCUCUUCCGCUCACAUUCCCUCCAUGCACUCAGAAGCCAAACUGAGGCUGAAGGCUGCACUUUCACACCACCCGGGUGCCAUCGCCAACGGCAACAUGAACUCCAUGGGCCACAUGAUGGAGAUGAUGUCAUCGCGGCAGGAGCAAGGCACCCACCAUCACAUGCACUCACACCCGCACCAGCACCUGCAAGCCCCUCCCCACGCGUACCAGCACCACGGUCAUCACCACCACAACCAGGGCCACGGCCAGGGUGGACACCACCACCCGCAGGGACACAAUCCUCAUCACAACUCCCACAAUCCCCACCUCCAUCCCGGGCACCCACACCAGACCUCACCGCACCCUCCAAUGCACUCUUCUUCACAUAUGUCACCUGCGACCCAGCAGAUGCAGCCCACGCAGACGCUGCAGUCUCCACCCCCCAGCGGCGGGCGGCGCAGGCGAGUCGUGGACGAGGACCCGGACGAACGUCGGCGGAAGUUUCUGGAGCGAAACCGAGCAGCAGCAACAAGAUGCAGGCAAAAGAGAAAAGUGUGGGUGAUGUCAUUAGAGAAGAAAGCAGAAGAACUCACUCAGACCAACAUGCAGCUUCAGAAUGAAGUGACCAUGCUAAAGAACGAGGUGACCCAACUCAAGCAGCUUCUCCUCACACACAAGGACUGUCCCAUCACCACUAUGCAGAAAGAGUCCCAAGGUUACCUCAGUCCAGAGAGCAGUCCAGCGGGCAGUCCAGCGCCAGUGUGCUCCCAGCAGCAGGUCAUUCAGCACAACACCAUCACCACCUCCACCACAACCGUAGGGGGCAGCAGUGUUCACGGGCAAACCAACCACCGCACAGACAUUAAUCCCAUCCACUAGGGACAGAAGAGACUUUAACCCCAGCUGUAGCCCCAAUCCCCCCUACCCUUACCCUGCUUUCUGAGGGUUGCCAGCUGCACAUGCUGCCCACCCCCCCACUCCAUCAAGAAAAACCUCAAAGGCCUGUGAGGCUGUUCUUUAUACAGUAGCUACAGUAUGUAUUUUUAUAGACCAACCCUAUUAAUGCGUAAAUGUUCUAUGGUUUGUUGCCUCUUUUUUUUAAUCAAUUUUUUUUUUUUUGUUGUGCUUUUAGUGAAAAGGGAGUUUUCUCAUACAGCAUUUAGGUGACUUUUUCUGUUGUGUAAUGGUACAAAAUGGACCACGGUGGUCAUGGAACCAGAGGAAAGAGACAUUAGCCUCAGACUGUCAUCUGUAUAAGCAAACCUUACAUCUGUGUAUGCCUGAUGGACUGAAAAAUGAGUCAAAUCUCUUAAUAUCACAUGUGGACAGUAUGUUGAGUGUGUGCAACAGACUCUGAAUAAGUGAGUGGGAUGAAGUCAAACUGUCACACUGAUGUCUUGAAGACAGUAAUAUGCAAGCAGGUGUAAUGAUCCUCUUCUUUCCUAGAAACGUAUAUGACUGUUAACCUUUUCCCUGUCAGCGGUAUUCUUAAAGAUUGUUAUAAAGUACAGCAUGACAGUGGAAAAAAAUGAUCAAAUUGAAGCAAUACACCGCAGUAUUGAUCAUCUUCUCUACUGUAUGUCCACAUUAUGAUUAGAAUGGCCAAGCCACUCUGGUCCCAAAGGGCAUACGAUGCUGUUACAGCUACAGAACUGUACACUGUGAUACCAGCGAGGCAGCUCAGGGGUUUGAAACAAACUCCUCCGCUCUCCAGGACCAACUGAAGCUUUAAUUAUUCAAGCCUCUUUUUGUGUGUUUGUGCAUCUGGAUCCACACUUUGGAUUCAAAUCCCAAAUGAAUAUAACAUUCAGUUGCGUGCGUCUGCAUAGUUUUGAGUGUGCAUGUGAAUUAUGCAGAUUAUGCGUUCGAGUUUUGUCUUCUUUCCUCUGCAGAACAAAGUUCAGCAGGUGCGUAAAGAAAGAAAAACAAAACAAAUCUGUGUGAGUGUGUCACUGUGAGCAUGAUGGGUUUUUUUGACUGUCGUCCCACAACUGGCAAAGUGUUUUACAGUUUCUAAAGAGGAGCAGUUUAUGCCUGUGCUUUCCAAAAUGUCACAAUGUGCCUGAACCUUUCUGAAAAUCUUUUGUUGGCUUACUUUAGACAGGAAAACGCCACUCUUUUUUCUUCAAACAAUCAAAACCGUUUAAUUCUCAAUGUAUUAUUAAUGAGUUUUCUCUGUUAUUGGCUGCAUGUAAGGGCAGCUGACCAAGGAAAAAAAUACCAGUUUUCCAUUUCAUCAAUUUCUCUUCAUCUCUCUCUCAGGCCUCCUCUACAGUUCAGAUUGGUGAUGGAUGUACUGAUAAUGAUAUAGACGUUACCUUUUAUUAAUCUCCCUUCCAGCCUUGAAACUUCAUGCCUUCUCAUGUUGACCACAACUGCCCUUUCUCUCUUUCCUAUGACCAGGAAUGUCGAUUCAUUAGCAUGAUGACCAUAAUGCACUGUGUUUUGCAGUAGGAUGGAUGAAAUACACUCCACUGACAGGUGGAGCGAUCGCAGAGCUGUCUAUGCACUUUGUCCUCUGUCAUGCCAGAGGGUCGAAUAGCCAUAUUAAGGUCCGAGUAAUUCUCAGUGAUCCCCCUUUUUCACACACCAGCGAGAAAUUAAACUGUGUUUGGCUUUAUGGAGAGACUGUGCCUGGGAUGCAUCACAUGUCUAUAGAUAGAAAAAGGGAACCUAGAGCUCGUAAUGUGGGAUGAGGCCACAUUUUGUCAAAGAUGAAGGGAAGAAUAUCUGAUCCUCAUAUUGGGUUACAUUCAAAUUCUAUCAAAGCAUUCGGACUGUUUAUGUCAUGUCUUAACUUUAGAGUAUGUGUAUGCAGUUUGAUAUGAAUGUUGAUGAGACAACUGAUUCUCUUGAAAAGGGCUUUGUUGUACCAACCCAUUGAACUGAAGCUUGCCUUAUUUUAGGUUGUUUUGUAAACCAUAUUUAGAUUGUUAGGCCAUUCCAAAUUAACCUCUUGCAUGUGGAAAUAUGGUAUUGACCUUAAAAUACUUUUAACUGGAAUAAUUUGGAGGAUGUUGCUAUUUUAGAGUUAGAUUUAGAAAGUCUAUAGUUUCAUUUUUACAGUGGAUCCAGGUUCAGAAAAAGACCGUUUUUACUGCAGAGGAAGACAAAAAUGGGCAGAUGGAAGUGCAGUGUGAGUGUGAAUGGAUUUGUGAGAGGUGGAGAAAGAUUCUACACAUUAAUGAUGUUAUAAUUGUAUUAUUUUAAAUCAAAAACUAUAAAUAUUGUACAUAAUGUCAUUAAUUUCUGUAAUCCUGUACAUGUAAUGCAACCACCUUUCUUUUUGAAGGGAGUAAAUGUGUGGUACAUGUUUGUAAAUAAUGUUUGCAUAGCACUUGUUGCCUUUUGUUGUACGUCAAGGCUCAUUUCAGCGCUUAAAUACAUUGUUUAUAUGUAAUGAACUGAUGAAUCCAUUCUUGCCUGCAUAACUUUGUACAUUUCCUGUGUCUGUAAUGACAUUAUCUCCAUUUUGUGUUGUUUCGCAUUUGUACAGAUGUUAAAGUAUCACUGCAGUUACAUUACGGUAUGAAAAUAAAGCACUUGUUCUGUAACAUACAACUAACUGAUGUGAUUGGAUGUCACAACCUACCUGUAACAGUAACCAGAAUGCAAAACAUGAACUAAGAGACAUUAACUGAGUAUUUGAAGAUAAUAUUUUUAAAAGUUUUUGAAGAAUUCUAUUAAAAAUAACUAAUGUUCAAACCAAAU